AAUGGAGACAGACCAAAAGGAGGUAGAAAAUAAUGAAUUGAAAGAGUGGGAAAAGUAUUCCACAAUGUUCAAUUUGCCAUACAGAGUAGUAUUUGCUGUGGCCACAGAGGAUGCAGUACUUUUAUAUGACACUCAGCAACCUCACCCUUUUGGUUACAUUGCCAAUACCCAUUAUCAUCAGCUUAGUGAUCUCACCUGGUCCAAGGAUGGGCGUGUUCUAGUGGUCGCAUCAACAGAUGGGUACUGCACUCUGGUUACAUUUGAAGAAGGGGAGUUGGGUGAAGCAUCUCAACACCUUUCCAUCAGCACACAGAAGGUGGAAGAAGAAAAACUUAAGAUACUGAAAAAGCAAAAUGCAGACAAGCAAAAGCGCAGUGAUGAGGCCAUCUCAAAGAAAGUUGCUUCUACUAUGCCACCCCCAACAGAGGUACAACUAAUUCAGGUGAAACGAAAGGAAAACAAAAGUGGUGACAGCCAACCCAAAAGAGUCAACUUAACUCCAGUGACAGGUGGUCAGGUGUCACAAGAUGCACCCAAACCAAAGCGUGCACAGCUAAUCACCCUGUCAUCACCAGAGCUGCUGGAUGGGAAUAAGACUGAGGAAAAGAACAUAAGCCAUGACUCCUGCACCCAGGAUCUCCAACUGGUGCUGGAAGUUUCUAGCGAGGAUGAAACCGACCAGGAAAAGAAAACCAAAAAGUCGAUGCAGACAGCAUCAACACAGCCAGAGACCUCUAAAGGCAGCCCAAGGCGAGUAGAGCUAAUCACUAUUGCACCUUCUACUCCGCCCAACCAAGCUACUCCUGUAGCUAGAAUCGUACAGGAUGAGAACUCCAAAAAGACCAGCAGUCCAAGGAGAGUACAAUUGAUGACACUAGAGAGUUCUGUGGUUUCUGAAAAUUCUAAGCAAUCUUCACCAAUGCAAAGUAAACCACUCAAAAAUUCCCAAGAAAAUGUUGCCAGGAUGAAUGACAAUUCUUCCGCAAGUGCACCACAGCCAAGAAGGGUUACAUUAAUAACUAUUAAGCAGAAUGAAGAAAAUUGACAACA